AUGCCACGUCAGAUUACUGUAAUCGUUUUAGCAGGGGUUGCAUUGAUUUUGGGCGCCAAUGCAGCGCAAACCGAUCCACCAACGACCUGCGUAGAAUUUGGCGGAACGUGUGACCAGAAUCGUCGUUGCUGCGGUGAAAGUCUCAAGUGCGACCGGUCAAAUACUGCCGGGAGAUACGAGUGCAAAAAAAAAGCAAAACUGGGUGACUCGUGCCAAAAACCAUUUCAGUGCAUUGACAUUGCGCACUCCGUAUGUUCGAAAAAGAUGUGCGUGUGUCGACUAAAGAACGUUAGAGUUAGCGACUACGCCUGCGCCCCAAUCUUGAAUGGCUUUUGUUGGAAAAACGAGACCUGCAUGACGGAGAAUUCAAUGUGCAUUGAUAAUGAGUGUCAAUGCAAAGACGGAUUCUUAGCCGAGGCCAACGAGUGUCUGCCAGUUGUAAUUGGAUCAAAAUGCAGUGACGAUGCAGCGUGCGCAAGUGUCAAAUUCGCAGAGUGUUCUUCAAACAAAAGUUGUGUCUGCUCACAAAACGCGAUUGCAAUCAAUGGAAGGUUGUGCUCAGUACGUUUGGGAGAAACUUGUCAAACUAACGAAGAUUGUGCUGCCGUCAAAUCUUGGUGCGAUGACAAUAAGUGUCAAUGCAAAGAUCAACAUUUUGCCUACUCUGAGAUUGAAUGUAGACUCGCCUUCAUAGCAAUACCUUGCAAUGCAGAAAGUCACUGUCGUGCUCAUAUCAGUGACUCAUACUGCAUUGACGGAACCUGUCAAUGUAAACGAAAUUACUUGCUGACGAACGGAAAUGCAUGCUUCCCAGUGGCAACCUCGUAUUGUUCAACAACCGAUGUAUGCUCGGACCUUAAUUCUAUUUGUAUUGACAAUCGGUGUAAAUGCAGGACCAGCUAUGUGAUGCGGGAGUCAAAAUGUUUGCCACAACAAUUGACGGGACAAUGCAGUCAAAAUUCAGACUGCUCUGAAGUGACUUUUGCGGUGUGUUUAAAAAACGAAUGCGCUUGUCCAAACGAAUUCUUUAGUGUCAAUGCAACAGCCUGCGCAAAAGCUCUUGGUGGAAGCUGUAUUACCGAUAAAGAUUGUGCUGUCAGAUUCUCUCAUUGUUUUGAACAAACUUGUCAAUGCAGUCGAGAUUACAUACAAUAUUCCAAGAGUCAAUGCGUUGCAACGGAACUAAGGGCGACUUGUUUUGACAUAAGCACUUGCAAUCUGAUAAGAAACGCGCAUUGCUUUGAGAAUCAAUGCAGUUGCAAGGACAACUAUGUUGAAAUAAAUCCAUUCACAUGCUCUCCAUUGCUCAACGCCAUCUGCUCCAAAGACCAGGAUUGCGUUCCCGCGAAUUCGGUCUGCAUUGAUCAUAACUGUCAAUGCGAGUUCAGUUACUUCCCGAAGUCCAACUACACGUGUGUCUUAACGUACCUGGAACAGCGAUGCAGAAUUGACAAGGACUGCAUUGAAAUUCCCUUUGCAAAGUGUUCUGACGCUGGAAAAUGCAUCUGCCAUCAGAAUUACGUGCGAACUGACCCAACAACUUGUUCGCCAACUUUAGGAGGUUACUGCGCAAACAACAGGGAGUGUGUCACUGUCAAUGCAGAGUGUUCCGGAAACCGAUGUCGCUGCUCCGCAGAAUACACGCAGCGCUCUGAUGAUCUCUGCGUACCUGUGUUCCUGGGUCAGAAGUGUGACAUACACGACGAUUGUAAUAAAAUAUUAAACGGUGGGUGUUUCAACAAAAAAUGUCAAUGCAGGCAAGGGUACACAAAAUUCGACUGGGAGAAGUGCUUGCCCCUGAUUGGCGCAAGCUGCACGGAACAUAAGGAGUGUGCUGUCUACAAUUCGAACUGUGUUAACAAUACGUGUCAAUGCUUGGAGACUUAUAUUCCGCAGACUCAGUCCCAGUGUCUGCCGACUAGCCUUGACGUCAUUUGCUACAGUAUAGAUGACUGUCAAAUUAUGAAUACACACUGUUCAAGGUUUCAAUUCUGCACUUGUAAUAAACAUUAUAUCACCCUGGACAGUAAAUCGUGUGUUCCUAUCCUGGGAGCAUAUUGUGUUGUAGACGCAACCUGCACCAAUGAUAAUUCUGCCUGCGUUGACAAUAAGUGUCAAUGCAGCCAAGGUUUUAUCCCAGGGCUUUACAAUGAUUGCGUAUUAGCCACGUUAGGCGGUGCCUGUGCAACAGAUCGUGAUUGUAAGAACAUACUCAAUGCAAUUUGCAUUGACAAGAUUUGUGUGUGCAAGCCCGACACAUUUGCAUUGACCCCGUCAGCUUGUACCCACUUGUUGAACAACAAGUGCUUGUCUUCCGCCGAUUGCGGCGUCGACGCGUCGCACUGCUUUGAAAAUAAGUGUCAAUGCAUGCCUCAGUGGGCGGCAGUUACUGAUACGAUGUGUGCAAAACGUUCUACGUUGUUUUAUUGUGACAAAACAAUUGAUUGUGGCGGAUCGUGGAACUCAAAGUGUUCCCAGAACAGAUGUGUCUGCAAUGCAAAUCAUAUUGCUGUCAAUGAACUGACUUGCUUACCGACUCUGGGCGGAAAUUGCUGGAGAGAUGAUCAAUGUAAGACGGAAAACACACACUGCAACGACUUUAAAUGUCUAUGCAAGCCCGGUUUUGUUUCUGUGGCUAUGAAUAUGUGUGUCGCAAGUUGA